AUGCUGACGAAUGGACAUUAUGAGAAUGUUCCACGUCGACUGAAGUUGGCAGACGACGGGGACGUCACCGUAGACGUCGUUCCUCGACGUCUUCUGAUAGCCGGGUCCGAGUUCCUCUUCAUCGGUUACGCGCAGCCGGCUCAGUGUCUGACCGCUGCCGUUUGCCGAUUUUCCUGGUGCACCUGGCUAUCAGGUCUGUCCGCAAUUUUGCAGUUGCUUCUGCUCUUGAGGGACGUGUUAUGUGCCGCAGCCGUCUUGUUCACGUCUGCUGUGCCCCCUUUCGUCCUCUUCUCCUGUCCGCCUGCGAUGACGGCUUCAUCUGCUCCCGGACCUGUUGCGGCGGGGACUCUGGCCGCUUCUGACGAUCCCAAGGCCUCCGCCCCGUCUCCGCCGUCGGCAGCAUGGAGUGACAUCGUGGCGUUCCUGCCGACUUCUGAUCUGCUCCGUCUCAGUGCGGGUACUCUGUCUGCCAUUUCCGCCAGGCUCGCCUGGUACGACGGCAGCACCGCACCCGCCCUGCCUCCGGUUGUUCCGACCCCGCCUCCUCCUGUUGGAGGUCGCUCGGGUCCGCCGGUUAAGGAGCCACCCGCCAAGGGUGCAAGUCAGGCUGCAGGUCCGAUUCCGCAGCAAAAAGCCUGCCCUCUGCCACACCCCAAGCUGAACGCCCCGCCGGCCGCUCCCGUCCGCGCCAACCCUCUGGCGGACGUUGCUUCCGGAAGCGGUGCCCCUCCUCCGGCACCGGAGGUUACCGCACCCGCAGCUGCACCUGAGUCGAUCGGUCCGCCCGCCCCCCGUGGCCGCGCUUUUGAUCCCAAUGAUUUUUGGGAGGCAGGUUGGUCCGCUCAGCUCGACCCACGCAGUCUGCCUCCGGACACCUACCGGCCAACCUGGUGGCCUUUUCCGGAUCUGUUUUGUCUGCGUCCGGACGAGCGCCCGGACUACAUCACUCCGCUGGCCCCGGCAGAGCCUUUGCAGCACCUCGCUCUGCGAGGUUACUGCACGCACAUCUGCGCCCGCCUGGCCACAAAUUCCGAGGGCAACAGGUCCACCUGGUCCUCUUCAAUCGGCGCGCAGAACGCUGUCGCUGACCCAGGCUUUUCCGCCCUCGGUGUCGGCUCUUCUCCGCUUCCGGACUUUGUGCACUCUCCGCCUGGCAUUCGUCCCAGCGGACCGCCCUCUGUCUCUGCGCCUGCUUCUCCGCUGAGCCUGCUGGCUACUCCCAGCCCGCGACCACAUUUGCUCACCACUCCGCCGUCCGCAUCCACCUCUCAUAUUGGUGUUCCCUCGCUGCCGGGCGCCAGUACCAGUGGCACGACCUGGUCAAUUGUUUCCCCGAUCUGCUCUGCCACUGCUUCGGCUUCUCUGGUCCGGCCUCCAUCACGUUGGGCUUUAGGCACCUUGUCGGCGUCCUACAGACCUCGUGCGUUCACGCCACUGGCGUCUAGGCCGGCGCCUGCUCCGGCUGUUCCUCCGCCUCUUCGCGGGUUUCCGGCCCCUCCGUCCAGACCAUUUCCGGCCCCGCCUCCGUCACGACGCCAUUUGGAUAACUUUGUGCUCGGUCUUGCACCCAGGCCAGCAAUCCAUGCCCCUUCUGCUCUGCCUGCGGUGUCUGACUCGACCGGGCUUGCAUCCACCUCGUUGAUGCGCCUGCCUGCCUCUCCGGUUGGCCCUGUGGCCGGUUCCGCCGAACAGGCAUCUGAAGAGAUGCGUCUUCUUCUUCUCCGCUGGACGGAGCUCUUAAAAGAAAUGGGGUCGGAGAGCGCCCUUUUUGUGGAGGCAUCUGCCUCCGCCCACAUGGAUUUUCAUGUGCAGCGGGUGGCUGCUAGGUUUGCCCCUUCCACUUUGCAGCGUUACUUUGAUGCCUGGCUCAACUGGGUUUCCUUCUGCCGUCUGGCCGGGGCCAAUCAUUUGUCUCCGCCUCCGGGUCUGCUCCCGGAUUGGUUGCGCAGCCAAGCCAGUAAACAGGGUCUGUCAACCAUGCAGCUCAAGGCUCUGUCGUGGUUUUGCAAGACGGCGGGUCUCCCGGCUUUCAAAGCGGCUCUGGUGUCUCCUGUCUGUCAGGCGUUCUCCGUUGCGUCCUCCCCUACGGAGCACCGAGAAAGUCUGCCACUGAGCCUGAGUUUUGUUGUGUGGCUCGAAUCCCUGGUUCUGGAUCCGUCCGCAUCUGCGGCCGAAAUCCUCAGGGUUGGCUACCUUCUGCUCUGUAUCUGGGGCAGCUUACGCUGGGGCGACGCUCUCUGGGUCCCUCCCCGCCGUCUCCACUACCAGCCCCAAGCGUCUGCGCUGGUGGGUACGUGCCUUCGUACUAAAACCACUAAAAGAGGAAUGCCCUUCGGCAUCCUCGCUUCUGGCCUCCUUGGCUCUGCCUCUGCGUCUUGGGCACUCCGUUUCCUCAGCAUCCUGUCUCAGUGUGCUGCGGACACCAUGCGGUUAUCCCCGGGUCGCACUCUGGACUUUGUUCCCGCCACCCUGUCCGGCUCCGAAGCUCGUCCGGUCAUGGGUGGUCCUUUGAAACGGGAUAAGAUGGUUCUGUGGCUUCGGGGCCUGCUUCUCCGUCACUGGCAUCUCCACUCAACGUCGCCGCCUCCGGCUGCAUUUGGGCUGGUAGCGGCACAUUCUCUGAAAUGUACGUUACUGGCCUGGGGUCGCCAGCUGGGGUCUGAGUCUGAACUUCGUCGCAUCCAAGGUCACCACCGACUUUCUGGCUCCGACAAGUCAGUCUCCCUUUACUCCAGGGACGAUAUUAUCCCAAUGCUUCGCUUCCAGCGACAGCUGGUUUUGGCCUUGCGCUCCGGAUUCCGGCCCUUGCAGCCGGUUGCUCGCGGCCUGGACGAGCCUCUGCCGGAUUUUCCGGUCACCUUGCCUGCCCCAACUGGCCUUCCGUCGGACUUCUCCCUCACGUCCGACUGCUUCCCGAGGCUGCCCCGCUGCCGGCAGCCAUCCCCUCCGCGGAACUCCCGAAGCAACGUGGUUCACAUUGCCGUAGCCACAGAGCCUCAGGCCAUUCGUUCCAAGCUGUACUCCUCUGUCUCCGGCGAGGACAUCUGGCUCCGCCCAAUCUGCGGGGCUCGUACCUCCCAACUGGCGCCAGACAGCUUCCUCUCUGAUUUCCCCAAAGGCCCAAAGGUGAUCUCGGACACGAGCCCGGCGGAUGCUCCCAUGGACGCCCCGGCCUUGGCCCCCACGGUGCUGGAUCCGCCGUCCCCAUCGCCGUUGGCACACGGGCACGCCCCGACCAUGCCCGUUCCGACGACCCAGGCCCACGAGGCCGAGGAGGAGCCGGUCAAGGUCUUUAUCCGCACGCUGCUCGGUCUGUCUGACGACACCGUUGCAGCUGGUCUCGUGUCUGCAGACGCGGCUUGUCUCCGCCGCCUGCUGUCCGAGGCUGCCCUGGCGGCACCACCACGCGUCACCCCAGGGCUCUCCACUCUGGGUCUGCCGGUGCCGCCCGCUUCUUCCUCCGUGGCUGCCAAGCUCCAGCCCACGGACUUCACUCACUUGAAGAAAGAUUUCAUGGCUAAGUAUCCGGGGGAACUCCUGACUCCGUCAUCCACCCCUUCUCUCGAGUUUCUGUCCCUGCUGAAGCAGCACAGUGACUCUGCCGCUUCCCUCUGGGUCCCGUGGCGAUUGCGCACGUGCCUGGCUGAUGCCGCACGCUGGGAAGAGACGCGCAAACCUCGCAACGACGGUCAUCCGGAGCCGGUCCUGCGUCGUGCACGGUCUCUGUUGGCUACCGCCUUAGCCAUGUUAGAUCUCGUGCAUCUUGCGACCAUAAAGCAAUUUCACGAGAAAUUUCUGUCCCUGGCUCUGGCGGCUCCUCUCGAUCAGGCACUUCGUUCUCCCACUCUUCAGGAGAUCCUCCACGCGGACAGGGCGGUCUGGUCCUCCGUCUACGAGCUGACGAGUGAUCAUGGCUGGAGCCUCCCCGAUGCACUUAGCGAAAUCGCUUUCUGUCGCGGUGAGAUGUCGAAUCUGCUCCAGCCCCGUCCCCGUCCGGCCCGCAUUCCGCCUCCGCCCUCCGCCGAUGGCAAAACUGGCAAGGGUCUGGGCAGAAAGCGUCAGCUGACCGACAAUUCGUCCGGUCAGGAUUCCGCUGCGGCCAAAGCCAAGGCAAAGGCCAAGACCGCUGCCAAUCCGCCUCCGAAAGGCUGGGACCCGUCCUGGUGCAAGACCAUCGGGGAUAAAGAGGCCUGCAUGCGUUUCGCAGUCGACAAGUGCACUAAGACCGACUGCAAGUUUGUGCACGGCUGCCCGGUCCCGCUCGCUUCCGGCAAAGCCUGCGGCCAACCGCACUCUGCUCUGGACCAUGGCAAGUUGUUCCUGGACCUUUUUUCCGGAUCGUCUUCCCCUGUGACCACUGCACUUCAGGCGCUCAGGAAGGCUUGUUUUGAACCUGUCGACAAGCUUGCGGCUUCUGCAGCGGACUUGCUGGAUGAUGCCUGCUUCGACCGCCUCUGCCGCCUUUGUUCUUCAGGCUUGGUGGGUGCUGCCGGUGCUGCUCCGCCUUGUGCAGCCUUUUCACGGUCCCGCCUGCGUCCUGGUGGCCCUUCUCCGGUGCGCACCCUCCACCACCCUACUGGCAUUCCCUCUCCCUCUGCCUCGCAGGCCGAAGAGCUGAGGGUUUCCUCUGUUCUGCACCAACGGGCGCGUCAUCUUCUCUGUCUGGUUGACUCCCGCGGCGGUCUCAUUUGGGUCGAGAAUCCCACCUCCUCCCUGUUGUGGUUGGAUCCAGACGUUGUCUCGUGGCUCCGGCUGUUCUGCCGCCACGUUGCCACUGUUGCUGGCUGCCAUCACGGCCUGGACCAACACAAGGUGUCCGGAAAGCGCUUGGCGGAUGGCUCCUUUGCCACUCGCCUUUCUGCAUGCUACCCUCCGUCCUUGGCUGCAGCCCUGGCACGCCUGGCGGCUGACGUCGCUCCUUUUCUGGAUGACCUCCGUUCCUUUCUUCAUGUGGAAGACGACACUACCUGGAACCGCCUGCUUCUGGUCCAAGAGGGUCAGCCGUUUCGGCUCAAUCUCUGGCACUGCCUCUCGCUGGUUUGUGCAGACCCGGACUCGGGGUACUUUGACCUUCUCCGCUCUGGCGUCCCCUUAGGCGUGCCAGAGCCCAUUCCCCCGUGUCCGGUUAUGCAUCCCCCUCCUUCCCCUGACGCCACGGUCAUCCCGCUUCAGCAUUGUGAGUCCGCCUGGAAAUCUGCCAUUGAUCAUGCAGAUGUGGUGGAUGAGUUGCUCGAAGCUGAGCUGGCCGAAGGUUGGAUCGCUCUGGUUCCGGGAGGAGAUGCCGAGCUGCGCCGCCGCUACACCCGUACGGCGGUCGGCAAACUAGGAGUCGUACUGGCUGAGGGACGUCCUCCGCGUCUGGUGGUCGACAGCUCCGUGUCUGGCGUCACGAGCAACACUGCUCUGCCCAACCGUUCUGCUAACCCCACUCUGUCGGACGUCUUCUUCUGUAUGCCUCUCUCCGACUCCACGGAACGGCUCGUCGCUUUAAUGCUGGAUGUUGCUAAAGCGCAUCGCCGGAUUCUGAUUCGUGCGCUUGACCGCGGUCUUCUCUGCUUCCGUCACCGUGGCAAGCUGUAUCAGUGUCUUACACUGAACUUUGGGGCCCGCGUGUCAUCGUUUUACUGGGCCCGCGCCGCCGGUUUGCUACUUCGCCUGGUACAUCGCAUUGUCCGCGUCCGACACUCGGCUCAGAUUUACGUUGACGACAUCUUGGCACUCUUAGAUGCCAUUUCUGCUCCGCUUUGGGCUUCCUUGAUUGUCGUCCUUCUUCUGGUUCUGCGUGUGCCCAUGUCAUGGCACAAAGCUGCUUUGGGCCCGUCUGUUGUUUGGAUUGGCUGGGAGUUUAACUUGUCACAUUUUUGCGUCAAAUUGGACCCCGGCAAGUUCACACGGCUCUGUGCUCUGCUCCGACAGGCCCUUCUGUCCAAACCCUGCUCCUGUCAUUUGUUGGAGCGUGUCACGGGUAAGCUUCUCUGGCUUUCUUCCCUUUUCCGUACGUUUCGCCCUUCUCUGGCUCCGCUUUACUCGGACCAGCAUGCUUUGCUGCCCACCAUGACAGCGCUUCAACCUGAGCGCUGGCCCGAAAUUUUGCAGGCUCUCUCUCCGGACCUCAUCCUGCUGCGUCCAAUUGGCGUAGCUGCCCUUCCGCCUGGUUCCAAGAUCUUACGUGUCAAUCAAACUGCGGUUUCCUGCCGCGGUGACCUUCCACUGUUAGCCCCUGAUGCCCGUCGCAUCUGGCUUCAAUCUUCGUCUCUGCACACCGGGAUGUGUGUUCUCUCUGACUCUUCUCAGGAGGUGCUGAGACUCUGGUUGGAUCUCUGCCAGUCUGGCACGGCCGUUCGCUCCUUGCUGCGCCCGCCUCUCUACGUCUGUGAAGCCUUUGCUCACGCCUGCGCCGCCGAGCUCUCCGCGGGGCUCGGCGGCUUCGCUCGUCUACCGGACGGGCGCCAACUUUUCUUCCGUCAGUCCUUUGACUCUUUGACCGUCAAGAGCUUCAUAGACUCUUUCCCUGGUUCCCCGAGACCGCUUCUGCUCAGGCCUUUAUCGCCAGUUGGGAACUGUUGGCGCAGUGCGCUCUGGUUGUCUUAUUGGAUGUCCUGCUGGGACCAGGGCACCUGCCGGUGCACUGCAUCUUCAAAUGUGACAACUCUGCUGCCGAUGCAGCGAGCUGGAAGGGUCUGUCUAUGGCCAAGGGCCUCUGCUCGGUGCUCCGAUCUUUCCUGCUCUGCCAGCAAGCGCGUCGCAUUUCCGUUUACAUUGAUCACGUUCCGGGACUGUCCAAUGACGUUGCAGACGCUUUAA